UCCCGUGUUUCGCCCUGGCGUGCGGGUGACAGUCUGAAUGGGCUGCUGAAGGGAUGCCAACAGAUCUGAAAAAUCCCCCCUGACACAUAAUUUAAUGUCAUAUUACAGCUGAGCGACAGGCAGAAACGCGUUGGCACCGGUCGCGAAGCGGAGCUAACGAGCUUUGGCAUGCAAUUGUGCGCACUUAGAUGUUAAUGUCCAGAAGCCAUGCUUGUGUGCGUCUCGCCGCGGGAGUGUUUCGAUUAACCUGGGUGUUUACAGUGUUUGGCUGCCUCUGUGGAUCAGUAAGCGUGUUUUCCAGCCUGCAACCCGGGGUUCACUAGAACCAGCAUCAAACCGCGGCGACUUACUUUCUCGGCUCAUUUCCUCGCCUCUCUGUCGCAUGCUGGCUUUUAAAUCACCCUGAUAGUCGGGCCCAAAAGAUUCAGUGUUGUGCUUUAAAGGUUUAAUGCGCAGACAUUUCUGUGAAAGGGGUGAGGAGGUGGGGGAGGGGGGAGUUGAAACCGGGUCAUUAGUCUCACUCGACGCUUGUUUCAAACCUAUCUAACUCCAUUUUACAUUUUCCCACAGUGUUUCUUUCUACCCCACUGUGCAUGUCCGUCCUCGCUUUGCAAUCCAAUUUGUCCUCCUCUCCUUUAUCCUUCCUCUCCUCCCCUCCCUUCUUCAUUUGAAGUAAUAAGAUUUCUGCUGUUCAGCGGAGAGUUUUAGAAACACACACACACACACACACACAUUGAAAAGCAACCUCUACCCCUCAAUUACUGCGGUGCCACACCUCCAGCUAUCUCUAAUCUCCUUCGGUGGACCUCGGAGUCCAGGCUGAAACAAAUUACAGAGCGGGGCGAGGAGGCAGCGAAAGGUGUCACUAAAAAUAACAAACUUCACAGGAUUCAAAAAGAAAAAAAAAGAAAGAAAGGAAGGAAGAAGAAUGAAAACUGAUCGAAUCAAAACGAGGACGUUUUGACGGAGGUGGAGGGAAGCGGCGGAUUUAUUUCUCGUAGGAGUGUGAGGAGUUUCAAGGGAGGGCUUCCCCAUCGCUGCCCGCCAACAUGGUGGACCUGUUCCUAGACCGAGUUCUUGUGGAGAACAACUCGGACCAGGACGAGUUCAACACGGAGCGCGAGAUCAUCGGGAUCCUGGAGAACCGAGUCCUGCUGCUCUUCUUUGCGACGGCCGAGUGUGAGAAGUGCCAGAGGUUUGUGCCCGUCCUCAACAGCUUCUUCAGGAAGCUGAAAGAUCCAGCGUACAUCGAAUACCCCAAACUGCUCGCUCUCAUCUAUGUCAGCUUGGACCAAUCUGAGGAGCAGCAGAAAAAAAUCCUCAAAGAGCUCCACAAAAGGACUUUAUUUUUGGCGUUUGACGACCCGUACAGAAAGGAGCUCCAGGCCAUGUUUAUGGUGAAGGAUGUCCCAGCGGUGGUGGUCCUGCGCCCCGACGGCUCCGUCCUCUCUCCGAACGCCGUGCGGGACAUCUGCCGCCUUGGCACCGACUGCUUCCGCAACUGGCAGGAGUCGGCGGAGCUGGUGGAGAGGACCUUCAUGCUCAACGAGGAGUUUGACGACCCCAACCUGCGGAGCGCCACCGACCCCGUGAGGAGGCUCAAGUACAAGACCGAAGACGACAAGAGGAACAAGAGAUGGUGGAAGCUUUGGGUGAAGGGAAAGGACGGAAACGGCGAGGAGGAAAAAGACGAAGCAUGGGACAUGAAGAGAAAGAGUGGAGAUGGAGGAAUUUGGCGAAAGAGAUGAAAGAGUUUUUGGUUUUUUUAUGAUAUAGCCUAACUUUUUUUCUUGUUUUUUGCUCUCUUCAAUCUAAUUCUGUUCACCUAAAAACGAACCACACCUGUUGUUGCUGCUGACCCAACACUGUUUUCAAAACAUCUGAUAUUAUAGUUUAUACAUUAUAUAUUUAAGAAAAAAAUUUAAUGGUCUAUAUAUGUUUUUUAUUAUAGAUAAAAUACUCAGAACUGUACAAAGAAAUUUGUUGAAUUACAUAAUUUUUUUUUCUUGGUUUUCUAGAUAAA